AUGGUGGAGGAAGAACUUGAUAUAACUAUGUUUAAUGGCCUAUAUAGUCGUGUGGAUGUUGAUGUGUCCAGAGACGAACUAAGAAACUCAAGAUCAACAGUCCCUACUGAUGUAGAGCAAGAACCAGAUUAUGAAACUGAUGAUGAAGACUUAUUGUAUAGAACAGUUCAGUGGAUGAGGACUCUGUUCCCAGGAAAUGGUCAGUGGAUAGGAGGAGUUGGUAAAGGGUCCUUUUCUGCAGGUGUUGAGAAUGAGGCAGACGUAGAUGAUUUUGAUAAUGAGACAAUGCAUGGAGCUAUUGAGUCUAAUGAGGAGUGUAUUGGGAAUAAGGUAGGGUCUGAUGGGGAAGAAGAUAGAGAUGGGUUCCCUGAGUUCAACCCCAAAACUGAUAUGCAUAACCCUCAAUUUUGCCUAGGUAUGAAGUUUGCAACCCCAAAGAUUUUGAGAGCUGCAGUAAGAGAAAAAGCAAUUCAAAAAGGGUGGGAAGCAUUCUUUGUGAAAAGCGAUAGAGAUAGGAUAAAGGUGAUCUGCAAAGCUCAAAAUUGCCCCUUCGAGCUGUAUGCAUCUAAGAUGAAACAUGUCAACACUUGUGCUAGAGUGAAGGACAACAGCAUGAUUAGGGUACCAUACUUGACAGAGAAGUAUGCUGAGCAGAUUAAGCUCAACCCAGAUUGGUCAACAGAGGCUCUUGCACAAGCCAUGUCAACUGGGGUGAAGGUAAGAGUGUCAAACCAGCAGGCUUACAGAACAAAAAAGGCACCCUUGGCCCAUUUAGAAGCUGAUAUCAAGGAACAAUAUGCAAGAAUAAGGGACUAUGGGGAUGAGCUCAGAAGAGCAGAUCCAAAUACCACCAUUGACAUCAAGUGUGACUUCAGUGAAGGCCAGCUACCUGUAUUCAAGCAGAUGUAUAUUUGUUUAGGAGCACUUAAGAUGGGAUUUAGAGCUGGAUGUCGGUCAAUACUUGGCCUAGAUGGGUGCCACUUGAAGAGCUGCUAUGGAGGUCAACUACUUACAGCUAUGGGGUUAGAUGCAAAUAACACUGCCUGGGUGUUGGCCUAUGCCAUGGUAAAGUUGGGAAUACUGACAGCUAGACUUGGUUUUUGGACCUACUUGGGAUUUUGUGUUCGACACUUGUGGACAAACUUCAACAAAUUAUUUCCUGGAAAGGUGAUGAAGGAUCAGCUAUGGGCUUGUGCAGAGGCAACAACGAAGAACUUUUUUUAUCAAGGAAAUGGUCCUGAUGAACCAAUUGGAUCCUUCAGCAUGGGAAUGGCUAAUGCGCCUGCCAAGCACUGGUCUAGGGCACAUUUUGGAACACAUCGGAAGUGUGACAUCUUCUUGAAUAAUUUGUCCGAGAGCUUCAAUGCAUUCAUUGUACCAGCUAGAAAGAAGCCAAUUGUGAGUUGUUUUGAAGAAAUAAGGGUUAAGCUGAUGAGGAGAAUCCAAGUUAGGAGGGAUAAGAUGUUGAAACAUGAAGAUACAAUCUGCCCCAAACCUAGGGAGAUAUUGGAGAAAAACAAGGUCAAGGCUGCAACUGAUUUCAUACCUAGUGGAUCAGGUGGGCCACAAAUUGAAGUUGCAAGCAUAGGAGGCAGAAAGUAUGUGGUGAACCUUAAAGCCCACACUUGUGCAUGCAGAGGAUGGGAUUUAACUGGCAUCCCAUGUAAACAUGCUGUUUUAGCAAUACAUUACAUGAGACAUGCCCCAGAAGAGUAUGUGGAUCAGUGCUACUUGAAGAAGACAUGCAUGGCCAUUUAUGCCAACACAAUCAAACCUGUAAAUGGUAUGGAUUUGUGGUCUAAGAGUGUAGAACCCCCAAUCCUUCCCCCACAGUACACAAGGCAACCAGGGAGACCAAAGAUGAAGAGGAUGAAGGAUGCAGCUAAGAAGGAGGAAGCCAAUGGUGGAAUCAAGCUUGGCAGAGUUCAAAAGUCUCUUAAGUGCAGCAACUGUCAACAACUUGGUCACAAUGUAAAGACUUGUCAUAGACACUUGCCACCCAAGGAUAAGACCUCAACAAGUAGUGGGAAGAAGAGAAAGUUGGAUGCAUCCAAAACUGAAACUCAGGUAUGA